AUGAAGAGAAGCAGAGAAAACGAAGCACCUACUAAACCCAACAAGAAACAAACCACCUUGCUAUCCAUGUUUAAGCCUGUUGCAACUGCGCCUGUCAUUAGAGCACCUAAAGUAGUAGAUGGCGUCGAGAACAACACAGAGACUUUGGAUGAUGUACCUGCAACCACCACAAAGAAGGGAGAUCCCAAGGAUUUGUUCAAAGGGGCUGAUCAAGAAACACUGGAAUUGCUUGAUCUCGAGAUCACUACUAUGAAUUAUGAAUGGCUCAGAGUACUCGCACCUGAAAUGACCAAGCCUUACUUCUUGAAACUAAAAAGAUACCUGAAAGCCGAAUUGGCAGCCAAAAAGACGAUAUUCCCACCUUUGAAUCAAAUCUACAGUUGGUCAAAUUAUACACCUCCCUCAAAAGUCAAGGUUGUCAUUCUCGGACAAGAUCCUUAUCACAACUUCAAUCAAGCACACGGUCUCUGUUUCUCUGUAGUCAAAGGCGUCAAAGUGCCACCCUCACUUGUCAACAUGUACAAGGCACUUGCCAUGGAAUACAAAGACUUCAAGACACCUAAUCACGGUUAUUUGGAAGAAUGGGCUAAACAAGGUGUUUUGAUGCUGAAUACAAGCUUGAGUGUGGAGGCACAUAAAGCAGGUAGUCAUGCCAACCAAGGCUGGGAGCAGUUCACAGACGCCAUCAUCAAAUAUCUCAAUGAAAAGAAGGCCAACAUUGUGUUCAUGCUGUGGGGAUCUCAUGCUCAAAAGAAGGGCGCUCGUAUCAACAAAUUGAAACAUCACGUUCUUACCAGCGUCCAUCCUUCACCUUUAUCAGCUCAUAGGGGUUUCUUUGAAUGCAAACACUUUUCAAAAGCCAAUGCGUAUCUAAAGGAGCAUGGUAACGAGGAAAUUAAUUGGAACUGUUUAGUAUAA